UUCGAUUCAUUGGCGAAGAUCUUGCAGACAUUAUCGCGCUACUCGAAAAGAUUGAGAUUUCAUUUAUUUGUUAAUCUCACGUCAGAGGUUGAUAAGAGUUGCUCGAUCUUGCUCUUCCUCUAUCGAUUGCUUGUCAUCUGAUGCACAAGUAGGUCACCUAGAUCUGAUACAUGCCUACCUUCAAUGCGGCAUAUUGAAAAGUGGAAACUAUAACAACUUUCACAAAGCGAUACGUAUUCCAACUACUUCUUCGACUGACAACAAGAUCGCAACCUGAAUACGCUCUUCGCAAUCCAUUUCUGAGGAUCUUAAAAUCCGCCCAUAAUGUUUGGGCAGGUAAAUCAUACCGCAGGCGGAAUGUCGAAUGGCGGUGCAACAACUGUUUAUCCACCCCAGCCUUACGCUCCGACUGGUCAUCAAAUGAAUUCUAAUCAGCCAGGCACGAGCGUGAUGAAUCAAACCCAUCCAUCUCCAUCGAUGAAACCUGCCGGUAAUUUACAAGAUCCAGGUAUGAGCACAAAUGCAGCUGUGGUAAAUGCCGCUCGGAAUCACAUCAACGGCGGCACGCCAUCCCGUAAACGUACAGCUUCUGCAAGUCCUUCUAUGGAGGCAAAAGAGAAGAAAACCCGCAGUGAGAUUGGUGGUGGUGGUGCAAGUCCAGCUGGUGCAAGGCCAGCAAGUGUCAAUGGCAUACGCCCUGAUCAGCACAGACAAGGAGGUGAAGAAGUAUCAAAGUUGGAUGUAUAUGUUUGGGAUUAUUUGACUCGAAGGGGUUUCAAUAAUACAGCAAAGAUUCUACAAAAUGAAGCAAGGCUAGGUGAAUCGCCAGAUGUUGCUCUGAAAACACCGCAAGGCUUAUUGUAUGAGUAUUGGGCAGUAUUUUGGGAAGGUUUAGCAGCACGUAGCGGUCGAGGCAAUAUAGAUGCAAAUGCAUUCCCCGAUAAGACCCAAAGGAUUAAUGAGAUCGUGCGAAGGACAGAGGCAAUGGAGAGUGGGAUUAAUGUUACAGACAAUCUACAGAGAUUGGCAUCUGGCAUUGUUGGUGGUGGUAUGAAGCAAGAGCCUGGUCAAGCUGCAGCAGCGGGACAGAUGUUUGGCCAAUUACAACAAGGUCAACGUAUGAAUGUGAAUGGCCAACAGAUGAAUGCACAACAACAACAACAGCAACAGGCCUUACAGCAACAACCACAACAAGCACGAACGCCAGUACAGACGCCAGGCGGCACACCUAUACCCAUGCAAGGACAAAUGGCAGGCUGGAACGCAGGUCCAGGUACUGCUGUUCAACAACAGACGCAAAUGCUGAUCAUGGCUGCUCAAAGGCACAAUAUAUCGCUAGAUGAAUUGAAAAACAUGAAUCCUACGAUGAGAAAUGCACUGAUACAGAGCGUAACGGGUGGCAAUCAACAGAAUCAGGUUGGGGGUGCGGCAGCAGGUGCGCAAAAUGUACGACCUGGAAUGACACCUGGAGCUGCCGUUGCAUCUGCUGCUGCUACCGCAAUGAAUGCUGGCUCUCCAUUUGAUCAAUCGAUGCACCAACGCAUGCAGCAAUUCCAACAACAAACACAACAGCAACGCAAUGCUGCACAAGCUGGCAUGCGACCUGGAAUGAUGGGAGGUCCACAAAGUGGUCCCGGAACACCUGGUGGGGCUGGUACGCCUACGAUGAACGGUCAAGCUGGAAUGGACAACCAGCAAAGGCCUGCUGGACAGAUUCCCGGUCAACCGGGGAUGGCGACACCUCAGAUGCAUCCACAAACUCCGCAAUCAAAUCAGCAUGUCCAAACGCCUGGAAGUCAAGCACCUGGUGGACCGAAUGGCAUUGCUCGGCCAAUGCAGCCUGGUCAAGUUGCUGGAACGCCUGGAAAUGUAUCUGGACCGAUGGCUGGACAAGAAGCUUCUAUGCAUCCACGUUUGACAACGGAGCAACAACAGAUGCUAAUGUCUCAACAUCAAACCUUACAGCAGACUUUGCGUCAAGAAGUAUACCAUGCUCAACAUGCUCCCACACCUGCUAUUGCCGAAAGGUCAUUCCAAAAUGCACAACAGAUUCAAAUGCGGCUAGGUCAAUUGAGUGCACUGCUGAAAGCUCAACCUGGAUUACAGCAACAAGCAGCUCUCUUCCAACAGCAACAACAACAACAGCAGCAACAACAGCAACAGGUUGCCGCUCAACAACAAAUGCAACAGUUGCAGCAACAACAAGCUGCAUCUGCCGGAAGACCUGGCAUGCCUCCUGGAAUGCAAGCUGGCCUUCAUGGAAUACCAUCUGGCUUUCCGCCCGGACUUACGCCACAACAGCAACAGCAAUUCUUGGCACAGCGUGCUGCACAAAUGCAAAAUAGACCACCUCAGGGUGAUCAAAGUAUGAUGAUGAAUAUGAUGACAGCUCAAAUAAGACCACCUCAGCAGCAACAGCAGCAGCAGGCACAGCAGAAAAAGACGCCACAACAGCAACAGCAGCAAUUCAACAAUGCAGGUGUGAUGUCGAUGGAAGCUGCACGGCAACAGCAAAUGCAACAACAGCAGCAGCAACAGCAGCUUCAGCAAUUCCAUCAACAACAGCAACAAGCACAGCAGAAUCAUCAGAAUGCUCAAGGCACAGAAGUUGCCGGCACCCCCGGUUCAGAGAAUCAGCCGCGCACUCCAUUUGCAUUUGCUAAUCCGUUUGCAGCAACGGCUGGCGCCAGAUCUCAGAGUCAGUCGCAGAGUGAUGAUCCAGGACAUCCACAAAGUGCAGGAUUAUCCGGAUCAUUCCAACAAGUUCAACCGAAUCAUCAGAUGGGAGCACCUGGUCAAAGGCCACUGUCAGCAGCAAAUCGAAUGGCAACGGGUAUGGGACCACCACAGAAUAUCUCUAGUCCAAGUCCAAGAAUGCAGCAGAAUAAUAUGCUAACAGAUGGAUCUGUGACAGGAAGUCCUGCUCAAAUUCCAAGUACGCCAAAGACUGCCAAUGCUGCCACUCCUGCUUCUCAAUCAGCUGCAGAGAAGAAGAAGAAGGAACCUGCAAGAGGACGAAAGAAUAGCAAGGCUGUCAAUAAUAAUGCCAAUGCAAACAAGACUCCAGUUUUGGGUGCUGCUACAACGCCUUCGACUCAAGCUCAGACGCCUGCUGGAAAUAACAACAUGCCCACACCCGGUCGUGAUACGAAGGCAACGAAUGCUAACACACCCGCUGCAGCAAGUUCUACUGCAUUGAAUGCAAGUGUUACUGCACCAGUAGGCCCUGCAUCAUCUGCGAUGGCAGGUAUGAUGUCCAUGCCGCCAAACGCAUUCGAACAGAAUAAUGCUGGCUCUGGCAAUGGUUUGCAAAGUUCUGCGUUGAACAACAAUAACAGCAAUAAUACCAACAGUUCUACUGCAAGUUCAACGACGACGGCACCUUCUAAUGGCACGAAUGCCACCCUUUCUUCUUCGACAACAUCUGCUACUUCUGCAGCGAAUACAACUGCAAAUGCUUCAAACGUUCCUUCGAAUAUUGGAACGGAUGACUUGAGUCAAAUGUUCAAUAGCGGAGAUAUGAGUCAAUUCUUGAACGAUUUUGACUUUCCAUCAGGAGGCGCAUUCGGUUCUGGAGAUGGAUCAGGUCUGGGUGCUUUUAGUGAUUCAUGGGAUACUUCGAAUUUGGGUAACUUGUUCGGUGACACUUUAUCAUAAAGGGGAAAAAUGGGUCCGCGCGGACAAUGAUGAUACCAACUUUUGCAAGAUCUUGCAUUUGCUGCUGCUUUAGGAUCAUGCCAACGACUUGCUUGCAAAAACGAUGCUAAACAAGGAUAUAAUCUCGGCUCAAAUUGCUUGUACCGAAUACGAAAAAUGGCUUUUUUGGAUUUUUUUGUUGCUUUUGUCGCUAUGCUUUGAGCAUGAAGGUGAAUUCGCACACAAAAAAAAUCUUCUUUUGCUAUAAUUUCUUCUUCUUUCUUCCUUUCUUCUCUCUUUUAUUUAUUUGGGGAAAAAAUUGACUUUAAAGCGUUCUCAAUUUGUACUCUACAACUUUCUUGUCUUAUUUACCCUUCCCUUUAUUUCUCUCUCUCUCAAUAUCCUUGUCAUUUAUUGUUCAAAGUGAUAUCAAGUAAGAGUAUCGUAUCGUAUGAUCUCUCUUAUUAAUCGUAUAUUAUGAAGCAAGAAGAAUGGAUUCUUUAUCGUGA